AUGCCGACAUCCUCAACCACCUCUCAACACCUCCCUCACGCCAAUGACCACACGCAAUCGAGCUUAUCUGUACUGCGACAUAAUGGCUCCCGCGUCACAAUAUUCGAUAUCCCAUUGAUCCUCGACGAGAUACUCCGCCACCUCACAAUAUUCGACCUUCGCAACUGCCAGCGUGUGAGCAAGUAUUGGAACGGUCUAUGCCGUCCAGGGAUAUGGAGCCUGCACAAGCUUGUUAUCUGGGGACAGGAGCAACAGCAACAGUUGGCGCAGCAGGAGCAGAAGGAAGGAAAGGCACCCGACACCAUGCUGCCAACACAGACAACGACUGCGUGGGACUUGAUUGACAGGAACUCGGCCUUACGAUCACUCUCUCUCGAGAACACCGAGCUGCUGCUUCCACAAUUGACGGCGUCCUACCUCAAUUCGUUGAAGCAGCUGACUCUUGGCCCGGUCCCGCGAGGACUCUGCCGGUCACUCGUAGAUAACCUUGUCGCCUUCUGCCCGUUCCUCAUUGACCUUGAGAUGUCUGAGGUCGGGUUGCACGAUUUGGAGAUGUUUCGCCUGGUCCAGAGCUACGUCGGAUUGCAGCGAGUCGACAUUUCCAUCUACGCGAACAUGACUGACCGAGUCAUCCCGACCCUGAUCCAAGCCUCUGAUGACGGAACGACUAUGUCGGAAGUUGAGGGACCUGAAGAGGUUGAAGUCGAUUCGGUUGGAUAG